GUGGAAAUAUGAAAUGAACAACGAGAAAAUACCUGCACAUGUCAGGUACUCUUUUCCAAAAGAAUUAUACAGCCAGCUUUUAGAUUGCUAUGGUGAGAAGAAAAGCAUCACAUUAAUGUCUAUUUUAAAUGAAAAGGCUCCCGUUUUUUUACGUGUUAAUAACAAUAAAAUAUCAAGAAACGAAUUAUAUAAGACUUUAAUAAGUAAAGGAAUAUCAGUGGAAAAAUGUGUUAAUUCACCAUAUGGAUUAUUAUUAACAAAAAAUCAAAUAUUAAAAAAUAUUCAUGAAUAUAAAAAAGGUUACUUCGAAAUUCAAGAUGAAGCUAGCCAAAUAGUGAGUUCAAAAAUACCUGUACAUCCAGGUGAUAAGGUGCUUGAUUAUUGUGCAGGGUCAGGUGGAAAAACAUUAGCAUUUUCUAUGUUAAUGGAAAAUACAGGAAAAAUAUAUUUACACGAUAUACGUGAUCAAAUGUUAUCUCAAGCAAAAAUAAGAUUACGAAGGGCUGGAAUACAAAAUUAUAUUUUAUUAAAUUCAAAUCAUAUAUUAUUAAAAAAAUUAUUUGGUUAUAUGGAUGUAGUAAUAGUUGAUGCUCCAUGUACAGGUACUGGUGCUUUACGACGAAAUCCAGAAAUGAAAUAUAAAUUUACAAAUAACAAAUUAUAUGAUUAUGUAAAAACUCAAAGAGAAAUUUUUGAAAAUGCUUUGUUGUAUCUUAAGAAAAAUGGAAAAAUUGUUUAUAUAACAUGUAGUAUACUGGAUGCUGAAAAUGUACAUCAAGCAAAAUAUUUUUGUCAGAAACAUAAUUUAUAUUUAUCUGAGGCACCCUUUCAUUCUUUACCUCAAUCAAAGGCGAUGGAUGGUUUUUUUUUAGCAACAUUUGAAAGAAAAGAAUGA